AUGCCUGUCGACCGGCGGAAAACAGCCGUUUUCGCUGCUGCGGUCGCUGUCCGACUGUUCCUUUUCGUGGCAUUUCCCUCAUUACCAGAUCUUUUGACAUCAAGAGUUGAAGUGUCCACCCCGGUCAGCAGUUUCAAGAGAUUGCAAGAAGGCCUCUUUCUGUACACGCGCAACGUGUCCCCAUACGACGGCGGCGUAUUUCAUCAGGCACCUCUCCUUCUUCCUAUAUUUGCUCUGCUUCCGAAUCCGAGAGAUUCCCCCUUCGCUACGAGCUUGUUCUUCACGGGAAUAGACCUCUUGAACGCGAAUGCGCUGAUCAACAUCUCCGACUCGGCUGAGUCUGUUACGGGAAGACUACACAGUUCGCUACGCAAGCAUGUCAGGUGGGAUGGAAUAGCUAUCGCUGCAUGGUAUCUCUUCAAUCCGUUCAUUAUCUCAACAUGUCUCGCUCGCUCAACGACUAUCUUCACCAACUUGUCAAUCCUAUACGCAAUUUCCAAUGCUGUCAGCGGGAAUAGUGUGAAUGCCAUUGUGGCUCUUGCUUCGGCAGCUUACUUGUCUCUCUAUCCCUCCCUCCUCUUCCUACCAUUGGUUUACCUUUGUUAUGACCGGUCAAUCCGGAACAAGAGCGAUUCUGAGCGGCCCAGCGAAUUCGCUUUUUUCGCAAAACACUUUAGUGCAUUUAUUACGGCCGUCGCUGGAUUACUCGGAGCUUCUUUCCUAGUGACAGGGUUUUCUUGGGACUUUAUACCCGCCAUCUACGGAUUCCAUCUGCUUGUUCCCGAUCUUUCACCAAACGUUGGUUUAUGGUGGUACUUUUUCAUUGAGAUAUUCGACUCGUUCCGCGAAUUCUUUCUCGGCGUCUUUUGGUUACACCUAGUCGGCUAUGUCGGAGGAUUGACGAUUCGGCUACGGCGGCAGCCAUUAUUCGUGAUCACUUCCUUGAUCGGUAUAUUUGCUAUUUUCAAGCCAUAUCCUAGUAUUGCCGACGUUUCGUUGUAUUUUGCUCUUCUUCCUUUAUACAGACAUCUAUCACCACUUACACGAUACACUUUCUUUGCGGCUGCUGCUUUGCUCUAUGCUACUCUACUCGGGCCGGCUUUUUACCAUCUUUGGAUCUAUGCUGGGUCAGGAAACGCCAAUUUUUUCUAUGCUAUCACGCUAGUAUGGAGUCUGGGUCUGACAAUCCUCGUCGCCGACCUCAUAUUCGCAGCCUUGCGGGACGAGUGGGAACAAGACAACCCAGAUUUGAAAGGGAAAGAAGUUAGACAAAUCUGACUGAACAUAUCAUCAACUAGAAAAGAAAAUCUAUUCACUGCCAAGCCCAACCGCCGUCUAAAGUCUAUAAACCAAAUAUCACCUCUAUCCCGUUAUUCUAUAUCAUGCCAGGUGAACCAUUAUAUAAAAGCAAAGAAAAUCAAAACGCUUUGGACAAUAUCAAAUAAUCCGGCUCCUUGACCGUACCAUUCCUUAGCUUUCUGGGUCCAGGUGAAUACUCAUCAACUGUAUAUCCCAACCGGGAAUAGAACCCCACCGCGGGACUAUUAGCCCUGAAGACAGUCAACAUGCCCU